AUGUCAGCCAGAAAGGGCUAUCUGCUCCCUUCGCCAAAUUAUCCCACAACAAUGUCAUGCUCGGAGAGCCCCGCCGCGAACUCUUUUUUGGUCGACUCGCUCAUCAGCUCGGGCAGAGGCGAGGCGGGCGGCGGUGGCGGUGGCUCUGGGGGCGGCGGCGGCGGCGGUUACUACGCCCACGGCGGGGUCUACCUGCCUUCGCCGCCGCCCCCCACGCUGGCUUGCGGCGGCGGCGGGGGCUCGCAGGGCGACGAGGAGGCGCACGCGUCGUCCUCGGCCGCGGAGGAGCUUUCCCCGGCCCCUUCCGAGAGCAGCAAAGCCUCGCCGGAGAAGGACUCCCUGGGCACUUCCAAAGGCGAAAACGCAGCCAACUGGCUCACGGCAAAGAGCGGUCGGAAGAAGCGCUGCCCCUACACUAAGCACCAGACGCUGGAGCUGGAGAAGGAGUUUCUGUUCAACAUGUACCUUACUCGAGAGCGGCGCCUAGAGAUCAGCCGCAGUGUCCACCUCACGGACAGACAAGUGAAAAUCUGGUUUCAGAACCGCAGGAUGAAACUGAAGAAAAUGAACCGAGAAAACCGGAUCCGGGAGCUUACAGCCAACUUUAAUUUUUCCUGAUGAAGCUCCAGGCAACGUUUUUUGCUUCCAGAGCGCUGGUCCCCUCCCUGUGUCUUCAAGCCUCUGCCCAGGAACUCGCACCUGUGCUGGAGCCCCAUUCCUCCCUCCCACAUUCGCCAUCUCCCAGGCCGUUACAUCUGUGCAGGGCUGGUUUGUUCUGACUUUUUGUUUCUUUGUUUGUUUGCUUGGUGCUGGUUUAUUUGUUGUUUUCUGGGGGAAAAAGCCAUAUCGUGCUAAAAUUCUAUAGAGUUAGAUAUUGUCCUAAGUGUCAAGUUGUGACUGGGCUGGGUUUGCUGUCUUGGGGUCCCACUGCGUGAAUGGUCCCUGUCCUCCUCCACUGUGCUGGUUUCCUGCCAGCCUUGGGCAAACCUAGCUGGAAGGCGGAGGUCCCAUUGUCGGCGCUGAGGUGUCUGGCCUGAGGUCAAUGGUGCAAGGAGCCUUCACCGGGCACGCCUGCCUGGAGUGCUGGGCUGUGUUUAAUCAGGGGAUACAGGCCCCUGGGUUUCUUUUUUCUUUCUUCCUUUCUUCCUUGGCCAAGAGAAGGGCUUACAGGCAUGCACAUGCAGGUUGGCAAGAGGGCUUGACUUUGGCUGAUUGAGAAAGUGAGAAAGAAAGAGUCAGAAAGAUUAAUUUUUCCUUCCUCUGUAAGAUAUCCCAGCUUUAAAAGAAAAAAAAAGAACGACCAAGAGAAGGAAAGUUCUCUUCUAGUUUGUGUAAGGUCUUGCAUUGCCUGACUAAAAUGUCUCAUUUACCUCUGAAUUUCCGUAUCCUUCUGGCUGUAGAUAAAUAAUGUAGUUUUGUUUAUACACAUGGAAUUAGUGGAUUUUUUGUCAUUAAAAUUGUUACCACUGGUAACAUGUGACAAGCACACCACCAUUCUCCCUAUCUUGUGGAGUUUUUAAAAAUUCACUUUUUUUCUUUCUGAAAUUUACAGAAGCCUAGGAGGGCUGGGACAAGCGUAAUAAACUAGUGAAGGGAGACAUUGUUUGGAUUUUCUUUAUACUGUGAAGUUACAUGCAUAAAAGGGUCAAACCUGUAGGUGCAGAAAAAGAAAAAAACUAUAAAUACAAAUCUGUACAAAUGUCUAUUAUGAAAAAUUGCCAAUCUUGUUUUAAGCAAAUGCAUUCUAUCAUUAUUAUAAAUGUUAGUUUUAGCUCUAUUUACUUCUAAUCUUAAAUCAGAAUAAAUUAAUAUUGUAUUGCUGCUGUGCGUGGAAAAAAAGACGAUGUUAUGUUCUUAUAGAAUAAAAGCUGUGGAAUGAAGA